CACUAUUGACCGUGUGCAUGUGUGUCGCCCUCUUUCUGUCAAAAGCCAGCGCGGACCACGUUUUCGCAGUUGCAGAAAAUAAUAUAUAUUCAGCAUUAUGGGCCGUGUACGUACCAAAACCGUGAAAAAAGCGUCGAAGGUGAUCAUCGAGAAGUACUACACUCGACUGACCCUUGAUUUUCACACGAAUAAACGCAUUUGCGAGGAAAUCGCAAUCAUCCCAACAAAACCAUUGAGAAACAAGAUUGCCGGAUUUGUGACCCAUUUAAUGAAGCGCCUGAGACAUUCUCAAGUUCGCGGAAUUUCGAUCAAGUUACAAGAGGAAGAAAGGGAAAGAAGGGAUAACUUUGUUCCAGAAGUUUCCGCUUUGGAACAUGACAUUAUCGAAGUCGAUCCAGAAACUAAAGAAAUGUUGAAGAUGUUGGACUUUAAUAACAUUAGUGGGUUGCAGCUGACUCAACCGACCACGAACACAUUUAAUAGACGCGCAUAAUUUGUAUCGGCGUAAGAAUCCACAAUAAAACCAAUUUUUGUCUCAUA